AAGUAAUUCAGUAGUCGCCGUGCGACGUUCGUCGUCACUUGUUGUUUCUCAUUGAUCUAUCAAUUGCCAACAUCUUCGCUAUCUUCUUUUUACCAAAAGUGCGAAAGAAUCACGAUCGUGUGUGCGACGUUUGACAGCAAUACGUUAAUCAAAUAAACACGUGAUUCAAAAUGUACUCCAUCCUAUCCGUCAGUUUGCUGUACGCUUUAAUAACAUUGACUUACUGCCAAGGACCAUGUCAAAAUCCGCAAGGCCAGCCUGGCGCGUGCAUCAAUAUCAGGACAUGUCCGCAGUUACUCAAUCUUCUACAAACAAACUCUCAAAACCCAGCAGUAGGUAAUUUUCUGCGCUCUUCCGUUUGCGGCUUCGAAGGUAGAGAUCCUAUGGUUUGCUGUCCAUUCGGCACAAACGAUGGAAAUACAGGAAAUACGGGUAACGACUUGGAUGCUGAUCGAGAUCGUGUUACGAAUACUGCGUAUGGUCCUUUGUAUCCGCCGGAAUGCGGAUAUAGUAAUCUCACGCUACGCAGAGUCGUUGGUGGCGAACCAGCAACGUUAGGUGCUUGGCCUUGGAUCACCGCUCUCGGAUACAGAAACUCGAGAAAUCCUAACGUUCCGCGAUGGCUUUGCGGCGGUGCUCUCAUUUCUAGUCGUCACGUACUUACCGCCGCACACUGCGUACACGGACGACAAGAUUUGUACAAAGUGCGUAUUGGCGAUUUGGAUCUUAACAACGACUUCGACGGAGCAACUCCGUUUGAGGACUUUAUCGAAAGGAUAACUAUACAUCCCGCUUACAAUCCCACGUCCUACACGAACGAUGUAGCAGUCUUGAAAACGGUUCGAGAGGUGCCUUUUACAUCAAUUCUUCAUCCCAUUUGUCUUCCCGUGGACGAUUUUAAUAGAAACAGAAUUUUAGAUAAUUCAUAUCCUUUUAUUGCUGGAUGGGGAUCCGUUUAUUUCCAUGGACCUUCAAGCAGCCAGCUCUUGCAAACACAAAUUCCUGUACGUACAGAACAAGAAUGCAAAGCAGCCUUUCGGGACUUUAAGACUACUAUAAUAGAUAACCGCGUUGUGUGCGCUGGGUACGCCCGAGGUGGAAAAGACGCUUGCCAGGGUGACAGUGGUGGACCUUUGAUGUCUCCCAAUCCUAAAGAUACCAAAGUGUAUUAUAUUAUUGGAGUAGUUUCGUAUGGCUACAGAUGCGCUGAACCAGGUUUUCCAGGUGUAUAUUCGAGGGUCACAAGUUUCCUCGAUUUUAUCACGAGCCAAUUGGUAUAAAUCUUUCGUGAGAACCUUUCAGCUUUCAAUUUUUCAUAUAGAUCACAAAAACUGCCAUAUCUUACAAAAUACACUGCUAUAUAAUAAAAACCAUAUUGCAAUUUUUAUCUUCGUCCUACGAAUAAAUAUAUUACUCAC